AAACAAACAACUUUACCCGGUGACCUUGCCACGACAACAUUAAAAGUCAAUGUUUCCUAGUUUCCAGCAGGUCGUCAAAUAUAUAACGUUUUCGUGGUUCCCUGUCCUGGCUCUCUUGAUGCUCCUGAUCUACAUCUCAGCACCACCUUGUCUUGUGUAGAUCACACUCAGGUUGCUUGUCUCCCAUCAAUAUGCAGUGGAAGGCUCUCUUCUUAGCUGCUGCGGCCAGCCCGCUGCAAGUUUCCGCUCAGUAUGCCCAAGCUGCUAUGAUGCGCUUCCAGUGCUCCAGGCUUGUCGUUGAACGAGUAGACCCGCUCGUUUCCCCGGGUCUUAUCCAGUCGCCCCAUAUCCACCAAGUCGUUGGCGGAGACUCCUUCAACGCUACAAUGACACCUGUUGAAUACGACCUCCCAUCCCAAUCGACUUGCACAACUUGCUCGUUCAGCGAAGAUUUCUCCAACUACUGGACCGCAAACUUGUACUUCCGGGCACGAAACGGCACCUACAAGCGAGUGAAGCAGAUGGUCAACCUUGGCCUGCAAGGGGAAGAGGGUAUGACUGUGUACUAUAUCCCGCCGUAUGAUGGUCACACCAAGGUCACAGCCUUCAAGCCUGGCUUCCGCAUGCUCGUCGGCGAGGCUAUGUUGAGGACAGCUCAAGGCCAGCAGAAGCAGCUAUGCCACCGCUGCUACACCAACGUCAACCAGACUCCCUUCGGAGGUGCCCCCUGUGCCGACGCACAGAUGGACACGGCCUCCCUCCCGAACAAGCAAUGUGCUGGAGGUAUUCGCGCGACGAUCACUUUCCCAACUUGCUGGGACGGCAAGAACCUCGACAGCCCCGACCAUAAGAGCCACGUGGCGUACCCCUCGAGCGGUAGCUUCGAGAUGUCGAGCGCGUGCCCGGCCAGCCACCCGGUCCGGCUGCCGCAGGUCAUGUACGAGGUGAUGUGGGACACGCGGGAGUUCAACGACCCCUCCAUCUGGCCCGAGGACGGCUCCCAGCCCUUCGUGUACAGCAUGAACGACUCGACCGGCUACGGCUGGCACGGCGACUACAUGUUCGGUUGGAAGGGAGACGCCCUCCAGCGCGCCCUCGACGCCCGGUGCUCCAACGACAAGUGCUCGCAGCUCAAGACCCAGACCCCGGCCCAGGCGACCGCCUGCAAGAAGCAGCAGACCAUCAAGGAGGACGUCGACGGAUGGCUUACCGAGCUCCCGACAGCGACGAUGUAAGAUAUAUUAGGUAUUUAUUUCUACCUAGCUUUGAUCAUUAUAGACACCCCCUAUUUCCGAAGAUUAUUACAUCGGACAGGGUUCAAGACGGCUUGGAUACCCCUUAGAUGCCUAGGUACCUAAUCUUAGCUAGUAAACAGAUCUCCCUUUCAAUAGACUAUUAUAUCUUGAACUCACAAGUAAUUCCUAUUAGAACUGGUUAAUAUGAAUGUGAAAAGUAAAAACCAGGAAGACUAACAAA